CUCUCAUCGUCUUCUUUCUCCUCCUCCUCUUCAAUAGUUGCUCUUUCUCUUCAAAAAAAAUCUAAAGAAAAUGGGUUCGACUAGAUCGUCCCUGGCCAUGAAUACGAUGAUCGUUCUCGUGUUCAUGGUCUUCGCGACUUCGUUGGCGUUGGACAUGUCGAUCAUCUCGUACGACAAGACCCACGCCGACAAGUCGAACUGGAGGACUGAUGAGGAGGUCAUGAACAUGUACGAGGAGUGGUUGGUGAAACAUGGCAAGGUGAACAACGCCCUCGGGGAGAAGGAUAAGAGGUUCGAGAUCUUCAAGGACAACCUCAGGUUCAUCGACGAGCAUAACGCUGAGAACCGGACCUACAAGCUGGGGCUGAACCGGUUCGCGGAUAUGACCAACGAGGAGUAUAGGGCAAAGUUCCUGGGAACUAGGAUUGACCCGAACCGGAGGAUGGGCAAGUUGAGGACCAGGAGCAACCGUUACACUCCACGUGUCGGUGACAAAUUGCCGGAAUCCGUUGAUUGGAGGAAGGAAGGUGCUGUUGUUGGAGUCAAAGACCAAGGAAGUUGCGGGAGCUGUUGGGCAUUCUCAACAGUUGGUGCUGUGGAAGGAAUAAAUAAGAUAGUGACAGGAGAGCUAAUUGCUCUAUCAGAACAAGAGCUGGUUGAUUGUGAUACAUCAUAUAACGAAGGGUGCAAUGGUGGACUUAUGGACUACGCCUUUGAGUUCAUCAUCAACAAUGGUGGCAUUGAUUCUGAGGAGGAUUAUCCCUACCUUGGGGUUGAUGGUAGAUGUGACCAAUACCGGAAAAAUGCUAAAGUUGUUUCAAUUGAUUCUUAUGAAGAUGUUUCUCCCUAUGACGAGUUAGCUUUGAAAAAGGCUGUUGCUAGUCAGCCAGUGAGCGUUGCUAUUGAAGGAGGUGGCAGGGAAUUCCAGUUAUACGUAUCUGGCUUAUUUACGGGAAAAUGUGGGACAGCAUUAGACCAUGGUGUUGUGGCUGUUGGGUAUGGUACAGAACACGGUCAUGAUUAUUGGAUUGUGAGGAAUUCAUGGGGUGCUACCUGGGGAGAGGAUGGCUAUAUCAAAAUGGAACGUAAUCUGGCCUCAAGCAGAUCAGGCAAGUGUGGAAUUGCAAUUGAGCCAUCCUAUCCAGUUAAGGAGGGCCAAAAUCCCCCGAACCCUGGACCAUCACCCCCUUCACCUGUGACGCCACCAUCUGUCUGUGACAAUUACUACAGCUGUGCCGAGAGCACUACUUGUUGCUGUAUCUUUGAGUAUGGAAACGCUUGCUUUGAGUGGGGAUGCUGUCCUCUUGAGGGUGCUACCUGCUGUGAAGACCACUACAGUUGCUGCCCUCAUGACUAUCCCAUAUGUAACGUUUAUGCAGGAACCUGCCUGAGGAGCAAGAACAACCCAUUUGGAGUGAAGGCAUUGAAGCGAACUCCAGCUAAACCUCACUGGGCUUUUGGAGGUAAGAACAAGAUAAACAGUGCUUAAGUAAUUAAGCCAAUGUGUACGUGCUGAAGGAGCCGAUGGGGAAAUCAAGGAUUAAGACGAAGGACUGAAACACUAGCUGAUACUCUUUUCUUUUGCUUCAUCAUACAGCACGUAACAUAUAGAUCUUCGCCAUUAUGAUACAAACAGAUACAUUCUCUGUCAAAUUUCAGUCAGACAUAGACUCUGUAAAUAGCGUUAUAUUUAUGUUCUGUAUUUUUAUUCGGAUUCCAAAUGGCGAACAUGUUUAAUUAUUGUAAGUUUCCAACUUCUGUACAUUAUGUGAUCAUGUAGCAAUGCAUGGAUUUAUCCCUUGUUCUCAUGCUGCUUUAUGUGCUUAUUAGUAUACGCUGGACAUUCCCCCGCAGCGUGCUUUGUUGCUUUCUGUG